UUUUUUUUAUAUAUAUAACCAUGGCUGACGAAUCGGUUAUCAAACCUACUGCAGUGACUCCUGCUAUCAACACUUCCAACUGGCCUCUUUUAUUGAAGAACUACGAUCAACUUAACGUCCGUACCGGUCAUUAUACUCCUAUUCCUCAUGGUUGUUCUCCUUUGAAACGUCCUCUUAAUGAAUACAUUCGUUAUGGUGUUAUUAACUUGGAUAAGCCUGCCAAUCCUUCAUCACACGAAGUUGUUGCCUGGGUUCGUCGUAUCUUACGAGUUGAAAAAACUGGUCAUAGUGGUACUCUUGAUCCCAAGGUGACUGGUUGUUUAAUCGUAUGUAUUGAUCGUGCUACUCGUCUUGUCAAAUCUCAACAAGGUGCUGGUAAAGAAUACGUGUGUAUUUUACGUCUUCAUGAUGCUCUUGAAAGUGAAAAGAAACUCUCUCAGGCUAUCGAAACUUUGACUGGUGCUUUAUUCCAACGUCCUCCUCUUAUUUCUGCCGUCAAGCGUCAAUUACGUGUUCGUACCAUUCAUGAAAGCAAAUUGUAUGAAUUCGACAAUGAUCGUCAUUUGGCUGUUUUCUGGGCAAGUUGUGAAGCUGGUACUUAUAUGCGUACUCUCUGUGUUCAUUUGGGUCUUUUAUUGGGUGUGGGUGGUCAUAUGCAAGAACUUCGUCGUGUUCGAUCUGGUGCCAUGUCUGAAAACGAUGAUAUUGUCACUAUGCAUGAUGUGAUGGAUGCUCAAUGGGUAUUUGAUAACAAUAAGGAUGAAUCUUACUUGCGUCGUGUGGUACGUCCUUUGGAAACUUUGUUGACAGGAUACAAGCGUGUGGUUGUCAAGGAUAGUGCAGUGAAUGCUGUAUGUUAUGGUGCCAAGUUGAUGAUUCCUGGUCUUUUGCGUUAUGAAAGCGGUAUUGAAGUCAAUGAAGAAGUUGUGCUUAUGACUACCAAGGGUGAAGCCAUUGCUUUGGCUUAUGCUCAAAUGACCACUGCUGUCAUGGCUACUUGUGAUCAUGGUGUGGUGGCCAAGGUCAAGCGUGUUAUUAUGGAACGUGAUACUUAUCCUCGUCGAUGGGGUAUGGGUCCUAUUGCUCUCGCUAAGAAGAAGCUUAAGACUGAAGGCAAGUUGGACAAGUUUGGUCGUGUCACAGAAGAAACUCCUGAAAUCUGGAAAUCUACCUAUGUCGACUUUUGUAAUAACACCACUGGUACUGAACCUGAACCUGUAUUUGGCAAACCUGUCAGUUCUGUUGUCGCUGCUGCUGGUAUCAAUCCCAAGAUCACUGCUGUUGGUGUAGCUACCAAGGAUGCUAUGGAUGCUGCUGAUGAUUCCUCAAACAAGAAACGUCCUGCUGAUGAUGAAGUGACCAAGUCCGAAACCAAGAAGGUCAAGAAAGAAAAGAAGGAAAAGAAGGAAAAGAAGAAGAAGAGCAAGGAUUAGAAAAUUUAGAUGUCAAGUUACUUUGAUCCCUUUUUUUUUUAUGAUCAUUUAUUUCAUUGUUACUCAUUCUCUCUCUCUCCACUCCAUUCCUAUCUCACUUCUUUUUUUUUUCAACACAAAUACUCACUCAUAUUUAGUACACUUUGUUAAAUCACAUAUAUAGUUCAUUCCCCCCUUUUUUGUCAUUUUUUUUCUUUUACUUACAUGCAAACAUCUUUUUUUUUAUUAUUUUUUCAGAUUCAAUUGUUUUAUAUAUUUUGUCUCUCGGAUCAUCUAUCCAAUUCUUUAUUUUUACCUCUCUCAUCUUUAUUUUGUAAUCAAUAAAAAUUGAAAUGUUUUAUUUAUC